CCCUGGCCUCUACUAUCGCGAGAACUCCUCCCGGAAGUUCCACGUCAGUCCGUCGGCGGGUCAGUGGUAAGGUGGGUCUGUCUUGGGACUGCUUGCCGGUAGCAAGCGAGGACGCCCGGACUUGGACCGACGGAGCCAUGCCUCUGCGACUCGAUAUCAAGAGAAAGCUAACUGCUCGAUCCGAUAGAGUUAAGAGUGUGGAUUUGCAUCCUACAGAGCCAUGGAUGUUGGCGAGUCUUUACAAUGGCAGUGUGUGUGUUUGGAAUCAUGAAACACAGACACUGGUGAAAACAUUCGAAGUAUGUGAUCUUCCUGUUCGAGCCGCAAAGUUUGUUGCAAGGAAGAAUUGGGUUGUGACAGGAGCGGAUGACAUGCAAAUUAGAGUGUUCAACUACAACACUCUGGAGAGAGUUCAUAUGUUUGAAGCGCAUUCAGACUACAUUCGAUGUAUUGCCGUUCAUCCAACCCAGCCUUUCAUUCUAACUAGCAGUGAUGACAUGCUUAUUAAACUCUGGGACUGGGAUAAAAAAUGGUCUUGCUCACAAGUGUUUGAAGGACACACCCAUUAUGUUAUGCAGAUUGUGAUCAACCCCAAAGAUAACAACCAGUUUGCCAGCGCUUCUUUGGACAGGACUAUCAAGGUGUGGCAGCUGGGCUCCUCAUCACCAAACUUCACUCUGGAGGGACAUGAGAAAGGCGUGAAUUGCAUCGAUUACUACAGUGGUGGCGACAAGCCAUACCUCAUUUCAGGUGCAGAUGACCGUCUUGUGAAAAUAUGGGACUAUCAGAAUAAAACAUGUGUGCAAACGCUGGAGGGGCACGCCCAAAACGUGUCUUGUGCCAGUUUUCAUCCUGAGCUGCCAAUCAUCAUCACAGGUUCAGAGGAUGGAACUGUGCGAAUUUGGCAUUCAAGCACCUAUCGCCUCGAGAGUACCUUGAAUUAUGGAAUGGAGAGGGUGUGGUGUGUGGCCAGUCUGAGAGGGUCCAACAACGUUGCUUUGGGCUAUGAUGAAGGGAGCAUCAUUGUUAAGCUUGGUCGGGAGGAACCUGCCAUGUCCAUGGAUGCCAAUGGAAAGAUAAUUUGGGCCAAACAUUCAGAGGUCCAGCAGGCCAACCUAAAAGCAAUGGGAGAUGCUGAAAUUAAAGAUGGAGAAAGAUUGCCACUGGCAGUAAAGGAUAUGGGCAGUUGUGAAAUAUACCCUCAGACUAUUCAGCACAAUCCUAAUGGGCGGUUUGUUGUGGUGUGUGGUGAUGGCGAGUAUAUCAUCUAUACGGCAAUGGCCUUAAGAAACAAGAGCUUUGGGUCUGCCCAGGAGUUUGCGUGGGCCCACGAUUCUUCAGAAUAUGCGAUCAGAGAGAGCAACAGUGUUGUAAAGAUAUUUAAGAACUUUAAGGAAAAAAAAUCAUUUAAACCAGAUUUUGGAGCUGAAAGUAUCUAUGGAGGCUUCUUACUGGGAGUGAGAUCUGUCAAUGGCUUAGCUUUCUACGAUUGGGACAAUACAGAGCUCAUACGCAGGAUUGAAAUUCAGCCCAAACACAUUUUCUGGUCUGACUCUGGAGAGCUAGUCUGUAUUGCUACUGAGGAAUCAUUUUUUAUCCUUAAGUAUCUGUCGGAGAAAGUCUUGGCUGCACAGGAAACACACGAGGGGGUUACUGAAGAUGGCAUUGAAGAUGGCUUUGAGGUUCUUGGUGAGAUUCAGGAAAUUGUGAAAACAGGGCUGUGGGUAGGCGACUGCUUCAUAUACACAAGUUCUGUGAACAGAUUAAAUUAUUAUGUUGGAGGAGAAAUAGUCACCAUUGCCCACUUGGACAGGACAAUGUAUCUCCUGGGCUAUAUUCCUAAAGACAACAGGCUUUAUUUGGGGGAUAAGGAACUAAAUAUCGUUAGCUACUCCCUGCUGGUUUCAGUGCUGGAAUACCAGACGGCUGUCAUGCGGAGGGACUUCAGCAUGGCUGACAAGGUCCUCCCGACCAUCCCAAAAGAGCAGAGGACCAGAGUUGCACACUUUUUGGAAAAGCAGGGCUUCAAGCAGCAAGCUCUUACAGUAUCCACAGAUCCUGAGCAUCGCUUUGAACUUGCUCUUCAGCUUGGAGAACUAAAAAUUGCAUACCAGCUGGCCGUGGAAGCAGAGUCAGAACAGAAGUGGAAACAACUUGCUGAACUUGCCAUCAGUAAAUGCCAGUUUGGCCUGGCCCAGGAGUGCCUGCACCAUGCACAGGACUAUGGGGGUCUGUUGCUUUUGGCCACUGCCUCUGGAAAUGCUAGCAUGGUGAACAAGCUAGCAGAGGGUGCAGAGCGAGACGGCAAGAAUAAUGUGGCAUUCAUGAGCUACUUUUUACAGGGCAAGCUUGAUGCUUGCCUGGAGCUCUUGAUUAGAACUGGACGACUGCCAGAAGCUGCCUUCUUGGCACGGACUUACUUACCCAGUCAGGUUUCAAGGGUGGUGAAACUCUGGAGAGAAAAUCUCUCAAAAGUCAAUCAGAAAGCAGCCGAAUCCCUUGCUGAUCCAACAGAAUAUGAAAACCUCUUUCCUGGAUUAAAAGAAGCCUUUGUUGUGGAAGAAUGGGUGAAGGAAACACAUGCUGACCUGUGGCCGGCCAAACAAUACCCACUGGUCACGCCAAAUGAAGAAAGAAAUGUUAUGGAAGAGGCAAAAGGCUUCCAGCCGUCAAGAUCUGCAGCUCAGCAGGAACUUGCUGGGAAACCUGCUUCUCCUACUCCUGUUAUUAUGGCCACCCACACAGGCAACAAAGAAGAAAAGAGUUUACUUGAACUGGAAGUAGAUUUGGAUAAUUUGGAAUUAGAAGACAUUGACACAACAGAUAUCAACCUGGAUGAAGAUAUUUUGGAUGAUUGAACGUAAUGUUUCCCAUUUACCCAACUAAACAGAUUAUUAUUAUAAUGGACAGGUAUUGAUCAUUGCUCUGACCACAGUGCUUUGGACUCAGAAACUCCAUAGAUUUUUAUAUGUAAAUGCUGUGGCCCACACAGGAGCACAGUGCCCUCCUUAUCUUCAGAGAAGUUUAUGCCCAGCACCUAAAUCACUGUUUCCUUGUUAACUAAAACAACUGUGGGCUUUGAUUUUUUUCGUACUAUCAUUAGACCACAUCUCAUAAAAUCUUUUGAACUAAUGAAGAUACUUCAUAGUUUCCUUUCUGCAUAAAGAAAAUACAACUCUAGUUUUAGAAAGCUGAGCCAAAACUACACCUCACCUAGGGACCAGUCCACAUUCUCUUUUCUUUGAAUAACUAUUUUCAAAUAUCACCAGUCACAUUUUUCCUAGAACUGAAUAUCCAUGCUAUAGUUUUCUAACCCCCUUUCCUUGAUGUCACUGCAUUAUUCCCCUUAGUCUGUGCAGCCUUCUUAUGCCUUACCCUGAUUUUGUGUGGUAGGUACCUGUUUCUGGAAUCAGGGUCUGAAACCCUGGCUCCUCUGACCUCAUUAAGGUGGGCUCUAUUUAAAUUACCAAUUGGCCCAUUUGGUAACACAGAAAGGCAUAGUAUUUUUUUGUUGUUGUUUUUCUUUAAUUUUAUACUGUAUUCAUCUGACAUGAUUAGAGAAAUUCAUAAUCAAGCACUCAAAUAUACUUUUCAAUUGUCCCCUCAUAGCCUAGGAAAGUAAGUGGAAUAGCAAAUUUUUCUUUGUAUUUUUGAAUUUAAAAAACAAAAUUUUAUUGGGAACUACCGAUUUUGAAACUUUUAAAUAGCUUAAUAAUAGUAACAGAGAAGUUAGUAUUUAGUAAGAUGAAAUUUAUUUUUAAAAUGUAGGGAGUUCCCGCUGUGGUGCAGUGAGUUUAGGGAAUCUGGCAUUGUCUCUGAGACAGUGCAGGUUCAACCCCCAGCCUGGUGCAGUGGGUUAGGGAUCCCGUGUUGCUCCAGCUGUGGCAUGGGUUGUAGCUGCAGCUCAGAUUCGAUCCCUAGCCCAAGAACUUCCAUAUGCUGUAGGCACAGCUGAAAAAAGAAAAAUAUUUUUAGGAAGCUGCAGAAUGGGUAAUGAAUGCUUCUUGAUAAGCUUGCAGUGUUAAUUCUAUAUAUGCUCCCUUCUGUGCUUCUGUUUUUGCAAAGACCUGUUAAAAUUCAAAAAAAAAAAAUAAGACAUACUAUUGAUAAAGUUUUAGUCUUGAAACAUCACUAACAUUUCUGUAACAGCAAAGUCCCAGUUUAAAAAGCCUUCCACAUUUCAUAGUAUUUUUCUGUUUAAUAAGCUUACUAUACGGACAGAAAAAACAGUAUCAACAAUUAAAGCAAUAUUAAUUCUAAAUAAACACCAGCAGUAUCAAAA